AUGAUCGAUGAAUCUCCACCGUUGAAAAGAUCUGUAAGUGCCGGUGCUGCUAUACCUGUUGGUAAUGGGAUUUACAAGAACCCUCCCACUCAGGGAAGUCCUUCUGGAUCCGAUGUGAGCGAGUCCAGUGUACCUAUAGUGAACUCUUCUCAUAUUUAUCGUCCUGUCCCUAUAAGAACCGUUGCGGCUCUACCUCUCGUAGAAUCGAAAACGACGUCGUCUUCCAAAUCCAAUGAUCCUCCAACUUCACUUUCGGUAUCACUUCCUGGUAUUGAUUCUUCUUCUGAAGAUUUAAAUCAUGUUACUGAGCCUGUUACUACUAACCGCCUCUGUUCACAUCUUCUCUUCAAUCUCUUUCUCAUCUUAAUCUCUCUCAUAAUAAACUUCAUGGUAAUCUUCAAAGUCCAUUUUUUUUCAAUUCAUAACCAUCUUUUAGUUCUUGAUUUGAGUUACAAUCGUUUCUCCGGUGAACUGCCACUUUGGAAUGGAAUCAGAAAUGGCAGUGUUGUUGUUCAGGUGUUUGAUUUGUCUAGUAAUUCAUUCAAUGGAACAUUGCCUGUUUCUCUGAUUCGGAAUCUUGCUGAAGGAGAUAAGAGUUCUUCUUUGAGAUUCUUGGAUUUUUCUUCCAAUGAUUUUGACGAUGCUAUUCAGACUGGUUUAGGUGCAUGUUCUAAGCUUAUGAGAUUUAGAGUAGGUUUCAAUCUACUAUCAGGGAAUAUCCCAAUUGAUGUUUAUGAUGUUUGUUUCACUCAUUGA